AUGUCUGCAAAAAACAGCUGGAAAUGGAAUGCGUUUGUGGAAAUAGGAAACACCAUACACAAAAUGACAGCAGUAUUGCGUACAUACAAAUCAAAGUAUGAUAUCAUGAUUGUCAACGGAUUGAUUGAAAACAACUUUAUAUCCAACUUGCCCAUCAACAACCAACAACUGCAAGAUUCCUUUUUGCCAAUAUCACAGCUGACAUUGACAAGUUGUCGAGGUCUCAUUAUCUCCAAAGAAAAACGGAAUCCAGACCAGAUUCGCUUGGAAUGUCAGCAACAACUCACUGUUUGUUGCUACAUCAAGACUCGUCAGUACAGACCCACACAAUACAAUUCAAAAGAUUACAUUAAAACAGACAUUAUGGACAAACUCUACAAAGGAAAUGUGAUUGUACAGAAUAUUCGUGUUGGUUUAGCAUCUUUUUACGAAUGGCAAACUUCAAAUUAUACCAAAAGGUUGGAUCAAUCCAGAGAUAUGGCCAAGUUAUUGGAUACAAUGGAGGCAGAUAAAGACUGGGCAAUUUUUAGAGCAAGCAACUGUGAUCGAUUUAUUGACCAAGACAAUGUGCCCUUGGUUGAUCCUGCAAACAUCAUCUAUGACGGAUGUGACGAUCUUGCCAUUCGCGUUGUUCGACAAGGAUCGCUACUGCGCAAAGAAGGCGGUCCAUUCUCUCCUACUGGCAACAAACCGGAUUUUUCGGCUGAUUCCAUACUUGAAAUGCCUGAGCUGACGCUUGAUUUGGCAGAAUACACCUUGCUUCCACUUAAUCUUGGCAAUAAAGAUCCCAAAGACAUUGUUUUUGUUGGGAAAAACUCGGGUAUGUUUGGACGAGAUAUCAAACACAAAUUCAAGGGGAAAACCAUGGUUGAAAGUGCGGAUUGGUGGACUGCAAUCAAUGAACAUAUGAAACAGAUGGGAACACGGACUUCAGUUGGAACACCCACUACACAGCACUCAAAACCAGCUUUUGCUGGUACUGCUCCUUUACCAAAAGAAGGUGCAGAUGGAUCGACUGGACUUUCUCAACGCGCUGCUGCAUCUGUAGCUACUGCGAAUGCUCCGUCAACGUCACUUCAAGCUCGAUUGGGAGCCGUUGUAAGUCAUAGCAAAUCCAAUACGAUUCAUGCUACUUCUGGUACACGACCAGUGAGUAUGCCUGCACCACCUCUACCUGGUCGACCCAAAAGUACUAUUGUACCUACAUUGAGACCCAAAUCUGAAUCGCUUAUCGACGAAUCAUUUGAUGAUUUGCCUAGUAGGAGAGAUUCGUUAUCACCUCCGAUUUCUUUUACAACUACUUCAAAUGAUCAAAUUCCUACACCUGCUCAUGUAGCUGAUUUUGCUUCAUUUCCACCUCCCGACACAAGUGACAAGACCGAGGUGGGCAAUGUAUCUGCUUUAUCAUUAAGUGAACAGAUGGAAAUGAAAUUAAGCCAUGCUACAAGUGGUGGUCAUUCUCAUGAUGAUCCGGUUGAACUGGACACGCCAUCACCCAAAGCAAAACUAGCUAGUCUAUCUACCGGAACUAGCAAUCCAUGGGACACAUUUCAAGACGAAUCGGGUGGUUGGUAA